UGAAGGCAACACCACGAACAGCGGUGGUGGACCUAAAUAUGUUAUCUUUAUCAUCUCACCAAGCCAAAAUUAAGCCAUAUAGGGAAGCUUUGACUAUGGGAUAUUAAAUGGUAGACUGAUAGCUGCAUUAUGAUGCAUGUUUGGUUUAAGAUAAGUGAAGGAAGCAAAUAUCAGCUGUUAAUACUGACACCUUGAUUCUAUAAUGAUCGUUAUACCUAUCACCUUUUAAUAUUUGCGUACUGUUUUCACUCUCAAAUAUAAAGGAAACUUAAAAAUAAGUUAAUUGCCUUAUAAAUACCCUUAAUUGAUGAAGAUAAGGCAGUAUGGAGGGUUGUGGUGAAGGCUUGCACUGCUUGUCUUGCCGCUUGGUGUUUGGUGCUGGUGCUUAAUUGGUGCUUCGUGCUGCUUGAAAACUGUCAUUGAUAUAGCAACACUUCACUUCACUUCAGAUCACUUGUGUGUGGGAUGGGUUUUGAGUGUGUUUACGAGUGUUUUUGGUAUAUAAGACUGUUUUUUUUUUUAGUGUUUAUAGUUGUGUGUGGGUGUGUAUGGGUCAGUAUAGCCCACCGCCAUCACCGCUGUUACCCGACCGCCACCACAAGACCACUACUGCCAUUUUAACCAGUAGCAGAAGAUAUGUCUGUGAAGGCACUUUAUGUGUAUAAUAGUAUGAAUGUCUAUAUGAUAACUAUCUAUUACUAAAUCUAUCAUCAAUGAGAUACUAUACUUAUAAAAAUAUCACAUAAGGAUAUACUGAUUACUGUGACAUCUUUCUCUUCGUUAUUGUGUCAGCUUUGGUUAUAUGCCAACGCACUAUAUAUCAAAUUGUAUUUAGUUGUAAAGCGAGUGUUGGCAGCUCCCGUGGGACAAGAUACGAGGUGCUUAAAAGGCAGACUAUUUAAUCUCACUCAUUCUCUAUUUCUAUCGAUAGACUGAUGAUUUAUCAUACUGAGGCCAAUUUAAUCAGAGAACUGUGAUUUAUGUGUAUAUAUUUAUUUUGCACUGUACAUAUUUCAACAAUAUUAUGCAUGUAAAUAAAACUAUGAAAAUGUGUAUGAUUUCAGUCUUGUGUGAUGUGAUGAGAAUGUUUUCCCUCUUAAUGUAUAUGUGUAAUAUACGUACAUGAAGAGGGUGAUGCUACGUAGCCACCCUGUGUGCUUGCGAGUUAUCCCUCCUUCCCCCAUGCCCUGACAAAGGACAACAGUUUUGAGAUAAGAGCAGGGUCCCUGUGUGAAUGAAGUGCGUAUGAGAACCUGGGUGUGUAUAUAAUGUUAAUAUUUAAAAAUAAAUAUGAAAAAUAAGAUAAAUAAACAUGAAUAAAUAAACAAAUAAAUAACAAUUGUUUAUAGAAAUCCAAGAAAGUUAAAAUCUUAAAAGAAUAAAUAAAUCAAUGAAAAAUUACCUAAUACCCAUGCUAGGGAGAUGGCAAAAAAAAAAAAAAAAAGUCACGUAACAAGAGCUAAGCGUGCCGAACUGAGUGAGACCCGCGACCGUCAUUCUCAUGAUUAAAUAAAACAUAAUUUGCCUACACACACAUAAUUCCUUAUUUGCUGAUUAUACAUUUACUCUUUCUAUUGAAUCAUAUAACGUAAUUUAUUUAUUUUUCCAGGCACCAAGGACUUUUCUAGAACAUUGUGUUAAAGGUGUAUAUAUCGAUAUAAUACCUAAAUUUGCGGUAUUAGAAAAAUUAUUUAUCAUAUUCCAAUCUACUAAGACAAUGGCAUCGAAGCAAAAUAGUACAGCUCAAGCAUGCAUUUUAUUAAAGGAAUCCUGUGUGAGAUGAGAGUAUAUCAUUAGCUGAACCGUGCAUCCAUUUACAUUCACUGUCAUUCAGUAUCCAUCACAGAUUAUAUAGUCUAGAUCUUAGGACCGGGAGUCAAUAAUUUGUUAUAAAAUCAUCCCAUCUAGAAUAGAUGAAUCCUGGGACACUACACCCUUCCCUGGUAACCAUCAAGCAAUGCGUUGGGCAUACUCUGGUAUUCACUAGCCGUGCUCUACUGAUUCCCCCGAGAAAACGUCAAAACGAUUCUGGAACCGGUUCCGCGGGCUGAUGAAUACUUGUCUCGGAACCGCCAGGACGUCUGCUGGUAUUCAUCAAGCAGCGCUCUGGCGGUUCCGAGAUUCUAGUUUUCGGUAUUUGCCGAACAAAGGUGGGGAAAACGCUUCAAAACGACGAAAUAUUCUUAUAAACCAUAAAGUUAAUUGGCACUGUUAUAAAAUUAUUAGAAUGUCAGAUUCGCGACAUGACGUCAUCUUACCAGAAGUUCAGAACCAAAACAUUGAAAACAAACAUCAAUGUAAUGAGGUGAACUGUUUCCUAAAUUCCUCUGUCACACCACAUUCACGUCCGACAUGCAUCGCAUCCACUUCUCUCCUUCCCGAUAUUGCCCCUGCAGGUACCAGAAUGUAGAAGAUACCGUGGAACACUUCCCUCUAGCCCGUGCCUUUACUCGGUACUCACACUACCAGACCCUCCGCACUCAGCUUGUAGAUGUCAUCGCUUUAUCUGUCUGCCUUACUAGCCGUCAUUGACAGCCCUCCACCACACCGAUCUAGUUAUAGGUACACCUUAUAUGUGGCUUCUUAGAGAUUACCAAACAGCUCCCUACACUGUGAACACUCACAGACUAUCACCAGGGUGUAUAUAAUCGGCAACGUUAUCAUUACCUUUUGCUCCCAAGAAGAUGAAGAAACAGUGUUUUACUUGGUAGAAUCUGAAGAGUCUGUCUGGUAGCUGUUGUGGUCUAUUGCUACAUUCAUCAUCAGCUGAGAAUGAGUCGUGGGAAGCCAGAGGAAGGAAGGAUGAGUGGUGUGGCUGUGACCUUCACCCACUGCCUCCUCAACACUCAUAUCACAGCACUAAGUGUGAAGGAAAAAUUUGUAUUUAUUGGUGAGGGUCAGCACUGCCAUGCUCAUGAUGUGCUAAGUGGGAAGCAAGUGAGCAGUACACAGGUGUUCUGUGCUGCUGUUGUGCAUGGCCUUAGUGUUCAACUUGGCCCAGAGAAUGAUGGCUCCUAUCUCCUGCUUGUCUUUGGACAGAAAAGUCUGGCUGUGUUGCUCUUUUCUCCUACCCAAGAAGAACUUUUUGUACUUUUGGAAGAAAGACGUGUUGAAGACUGGAUUGUUGAUGCUGGCUUAGAGAAGAAUCUAGCACAUGUUGUGAUAGCGACCAGCCACAACUCUCUGCUACGAUGUGAAAUACCGGACUUAUCAGUAUGUUGUAAGAUUCUCUCAAGGAAGACAAGUGGUGAUGAGUUGCAUUCAUGUCAAGUAACAAAAAAAUCAAGGCCUGUAAGUGUAGUAAGUGACAUUCACACAUCUGACAGGAAGGGUCAUUUGUCAAUAGUGGCUCAGGCAGCUUGUGUGGAAAGAUGUGUGCUCUUCUCUGGACACUUGGUGAUGAUGACUGGCUGCUGGGAAAGUGCUGUGAUGAUGGCUGGCACUAUGGCCCUGCAGGUUAUGAUUUGGGGACCAUGGGCCACCAAAGACAGUGAGGGCAAGGCACUGCCUCUACACUGCCUUGAAGGGCAUCAGGGAUCCAUUUUUUCCAUCACAUUUAGUUUCUCUCAAGGCCUCAUUGCCACCACCUCAGAUGAUCGCAGCCUGAGAGUGUGGGAGGUGAGACAUGAAGCAAAACUCCUUCCCCCAACCAAUCCUGAAGAGGAGCAAGAGUAUUGGAGGUCAGCUACAAUCACUGAGAAGUUUGCAAGCUAUGGACACCGAGCACGUGUGUGGCGUUCACUCAUUCUUCCUUCGUGGAUCAUCAGUGUAGGGGAGGACUCGUUGGUGUGUGUGUGGGAGCAUUCAGGGACCUUGGCAGCAUCCUGGAGUGCCCAUGAUGGUGCCAGCAUCUGGAGUGUGGUAGCCUGCGAGGAUCCUUUAGACAGACUCAUAACAGGGAGUAGUGAUGGUAGUGUCAAGUCUUGGUGUCUGAAUGCAGCUGCCCCAAUAGUUGCCAAGUUGAUGAGUGACUUGCCUUGGAAUAAUAAGUAUUCUGCUGAAAAAUGUUCAGCAGGGACCACAAACCCAGUAAAAGAUAACAUUACUACUUUUAACAACAGCAAAACAGAAGAUUAUAAUGUACCUGAAUCCCAUGAACUCUUUGAAGAUAAUUGUACAGAAAUACCAUCAUUGAGAACAAAUCCAUUAUCUGUGGCAGACUUCCCAAGAUGUAUUUCACUAGUGGCAGAAGAUAUGGUAUUGGUGAUCACAAACAGUGGAAAACUCUACUCACACAAUCCUGAGACAUUUUGGCACUUAGAAUAUGAAGAUAAGAGAUUUAAAAAUUAUGCCAUCAUGGAGGCCAACCCUGAUGGCAGCUUUGUGGCUGUGGGCACCCUGGGAGGCACCAUGGUGAUCUUACAGGUGGCAGGGAGGAGUGUGAAGCCUGAGGUGGAGGUUGUGGGAUCAUCAGGGAAGGUUUUUGCCCUUCAGUGGCUCACAAUGAGCCGAAUCCUUGUUCUGGGAACUGCAGGACUCAUGACCACAUGGGAAAUGCAAAGCAAAGAUAAAAGCACAAACUAUACUCCAGGUGCAGCAUGCAGAGUCAGCACACACUAUCUACCAGUCAGCAUGCACCGUUGGUUGUGUGCUGUGUAUGUGUCGCCCAUUGUGACCAAGGCAGUACCACAGCACCUUGUUUGUGGUGACCGGGCAGGGAGCCUUCACCUCUAUACCUUAAAUGAGCCCAAGCCCCAGCACAGUCUUCAUGGUGUGCAUGGCAAGAAUGGAGUAACAGCUGUGUUGUGCUGGCAUGGUGGACUGGUGUACAGCAGCGGGCGGGAUGGGUAUGUAAGGAGCCUCAGGGUGAGUGAAGGCCGCCUGCUGUCCCUCACAGCUACAAGAGUUUCAGGCAGCAGCUGGGUCUCAAGGUUGAUUGCUGUGAAGGGAAAACUUUUGGCCAUCUGCUUUUAUGGGGUGAAGCUGAAACUGUGGAGUGUUGGUGAGGAACAGACUCUAUUGGAGGUAGAGUGUGGUGGUGCUCACCGCUCAUGGGAUUUGCGUUUGUGUGGCAAGAGAGGGUGGCUGGUAUGUACCUUUCUGAAGGAUGGCACCCCAUACACCUUCUCAACCCCCCUCAAUAACAAGAUGCUACCUCAUAUUAGGCCUGCACUCCACACCCAAGAAACCAUGGAACUAAGGUUAUUAUUUCAACACAGAAGAGAGAUGGUAUUAUUGACUGCUGGAGAGGACACCACCUUGCGCCUCCAUGCUUUACACCAGCAAGGGCAGCGGCAGAGCUUUGGUGUGGUGCGCAGCCACCUCUCUGGUGUGAGGGCCCUGUGUUUAAUAGAGGAAACACAUGGCACUAAGAGUGAUAGUGACACUGUGUGGCUGAUUUCAGCAGGAGGCCGUGCAGAGUUGAAGGUGUGGGAGUGUAGUAUAAGUGAAUUUUCUAACCUGGCUAAUAACUCAGAUUGUGACUUGUGUUGCUGUGAAGUGUGUGCACUUCCAUCAGAUGAUGCUUCUUUGGAGAGUGACUCCUGCAGGUUGCAGCCACAGAGUGUGAUUCUUCGUGAAGUUGGGUCCCACAUGCUGCGCACUGGUUGUCAUAGGGACUGGAAAAGACAGCACCUGACUUUGGAUCCAGAAACUCGCUAUAUGGGUGCCACUGCAUUCUGGGUUUCCUCAUCACAAGCUGUGGUAGCACUGGCUUCCUCUGAUGGGUUUCUGAGAAUCUUCUUUGUCUUGCGUAAGUGUGAAAAGGUGAGGGAAGCUUGUGCUGUGGAGUGUGGCAGCUGUGUGCUGAGUGUGGCUCAGCUCAAGGUUGUGACAGGGACUAUUCUGGUGACCUGUUCCACCAAUGGUCACAUCACUUUCUGGGACUUGCAGGCUGUAGUAGACUGGAGUCUUUCACUUACUGGAUCAGAAGACUUCAAUCACCAGCCUCACCAGCCACCACAACCACAAGAAAUUACUUUUGUGGCUGCUCACCAGUCUGGGAUCAAUGCCAUAACCUUCCAUUACAAUAUAGAUGACCCAAGCUGCAUCAUCAUGGCCACAGGUGGUGAUGACAACACAAUCAGUAUGUGGAAGGUGGUGGUGAUGGAAGAUGCUCAAGUGACAGUCACUCGUCAGUGCAGUGUAGUUGGACAUGCCUCUCAGGUGUCAGGACUUGGUUGGCUUUCCAAAAACUACUUGAUUAGUGCUUCCAUAGAUCAACGCCUAAUUGUUUGGAACUUUAAUAAGAAAGAUGGAAUACUUUGGAAAGAUCCCAUGAGAUUCUGUAAUGCCACAAGUGAAGACAGAGCAACAGAGGAACACCAACUUUUGAUACCUGUGGGCUGUCGCUUUAUAGGAGUACCUGAUGUGAAGGGACUUAUUGUCACUGAUGUGGAUGAGACUGAAAACAUGAGGCACAAUAGUCAUAGAAUAGAUAAAAGGGUCUUUGUUUAUGGUAUGGGACUGCAAGUCUUUGAUGUAUCUGUUGCAAGCUUAUGAUGUUUUCUUAUGUUAUAUUUUUUUGUAUUUGUAUUGGUGUGUGUUUAUUGUUAAUAAAACAUGUUUUGCUUUU